AUGUCGGCCAAACAUGCCUUCUCGCAGACGCUGAAGGAGGUGCGAUUUCUGUUUUGCCAGACGGGCGAGCAAAGCGGCGCGACGAGAUCAUUCCUCGCCCGCACAUACCCAACGAUGAAGAAGCACAACCCAGACACGCCCAUUCUGCUCCGCGAGGCUGCUGGUACGCAACCGAGGGUCUACGCGCGAUAUGAGUUCGGACACGAGGAGAGCGCAUCAUUAGUAGGCCUUUCCGACAAGCAGAUUGAGGAGAAGGUUACGGGGCUGGUGAAGCCGGCCAUAUGA